CACCCUCGGACUUCCUCCUUCACUGAUCAGACUCUACGCCACAUCCCACCGGCCCUUGUACUGCGGUGACCAGCAGUGUCACCCACAUCAUGGGGGAUCUCGGACCCUCCGGAAGGCUCUUGCUCCUGCAUCUCCUGACUGUGAGUGGUCUCAGCCUGGUCCAGGCCCAGAGCGAAUGCAGCUGCCCCGCGGUGGGCCCGGGCGUCCUGGCAGGCAUUGUGCUUGGGGACCUGGUGCUGACCCUCCUCAUCGCCCUGGCCGUGUACAGUCUGGGCCGCCUGGUUCCUCGGGGGCGAGGGGCCACGGACAUGACCCGGAAACAGCACGUUACUGAGACAGAGUCGCCGUAUCAGGAGCUCCAGGGACAGAGGUCAGAUGUCUACAGUGAUCUCAACACACAGAGGCCAUAUUACAAAUGAGACCAAAUCACCGAGGUCAACAGCUUGAUGCUGGAUCCAGCAAUUCCUGAUGCCCAUCCAGCAACCCAUUCUUAUCACCACCAAGACACAGAUCCUCAGAGUGCCCUCCAGAGAUCUCAGACCCCUCCCCACCACCUUCCCCCAAAUAAACACAGAGCACAAAAAC